CAGUUACUGAAGGCAGCUGCGUGACGUCGACUUAUGUUUCUUGGAGGGAUGAACAGUUUUCAUUCCCCGCCUUCGCUUUCUUACGUUAUCCUAGCUAAGACCAAGUGAUGCCUUUGGAGACUGUGUUUUGAUAGCAUUUGUUGAAAUAUCUACGCUCACUUGUUUGAUUCAGGUUACUGAGUUGUUAUUGUAAAAUCGUAAAUUCAACCCUGUCACGUCAGGAUUGCUAACGUUAGCUAAGGAAGUAAUCCCCCUGGUUUGACCUCAGACUGAAAGUUUAACGAAGAUAAGUUCGAUGGAGGGUUCAUUGGUAAAAGACAACCCGUUACUUUUACCUCUCAACAAUGAGAAAACCGUCUAUGACGGAUUUGUCACUGUCCAGGAACGAGACUUCAGAAUGAGAAUACUGCUACCACCAGAUCAUCAACUCAAACGGGCCAAGCUUCACUGCAGUUGGCAGUUAAAACACCUGUUGCAUGGAUAUGAGCACAUAGUGAAGCAGAGGCUGCGGCAGUCUGCCGAUCUUGUCAGUUUCAUGCUGGAGCUGAAGACCGUCUUGGAAGUGGGUCUGAAGAGCCGUCCUGAGUGCAGCUCCAUCCCACCUCCACAGUAUUACUCGCAGCUCAUCUCUGAGAUGGAGACUCUCGGGUGGGACAAGCUGCUUUUCAUAGACACAGAGUUCCGAACGUUGAGACUGAAGGCACAGGACUCCUCUGGAAGGCAGCACAUUCUCACUGUUAAACUCAAGUCUAAGCAUGCUGGAAAAGCUCCUGAAUGCUCAGCUGACCUCCCAGUCCCUCUGGCCAUAACAUGGACACCACAGAGUACUCUGGAGCAGCUCCACAACCAGUUUCUACAGGUUCUGGAGUCCCUGACAGAGUUCUGGGACGUCCUGGAUGAGAUUGACCGCAACACCUGGAUUCUGGAGCCAGAAAAACCCAGCCGGUCCAACACCAUGAGACGGAUCGCCAUCGGAAACAACAUAUCCAUCAAAGUGGAGGUAGAUCCCAGACACCCUAAGAUGCUGCCAGAGUGCUGCCUGCUGGGAGCUGAGCAUGUGGUGACUCUGCUGAGGAAUAAGCUGAACGCCAAUAUGCACUCAUGGAACCCGGAUUCCAGCGUCUUUCACAACCUCCGGGAUGUUUUGGAGAUCGAAUUCCCGUCACCUGCCACCCACGGAAAAUCUGGUCUCAGUGUUGAGUGUGGGAUUUGUUACUCCUAUCGUCUUGAAGCUGCGAUCCCUGAUCAGGUGUGUAACAACCCUCACUGUGGCCAACCCUUCCACCAGGCCUGUUUGCAUGAGUGGCUGCGAGCGUUGCCCUCCAGUAGGCAGAGCUUCAGCAUUGUUUUUGGAGAGUGUCCUUACUGCAGUAAGCCUAUUACUGUGAAAAUGUCAGCCCAGAAGUCCUGAGAAGUGGCGUUGUGUCCCGGCUCCAUCUCGACUUUAGGGAAUAGCUUAGGGAGACAGAACCUUUAUCUGCUGAAAAUAAGAGUUUUCUUAAUCAAAAGGGUUUGCAU